GUCUGCCGUCGCUCACCACCCCGUCCCUUCACCUCCUCCUCCUCCUCUCAUUCUCUUCUUCUUCUUCUCCUUCUACUCCCUCUUCAGCGCUUUCUGCGGCCUCAAUUGACCUCGCGUACACCCGCCACAGCAAGCAAUCACAGCCGGCACACCUCCCUCCUCGCCGCGUACUCCUCCUCCUUCCUCCUUCCUAUCUUUCCCCAUCUCCCUCCAGAUCCCAUCAAACCAGCCAUGGCCUCUGCUGUCUUCUUCCUCGAUCUCAAGGGCAAACCAUUACUCUCGCGCAACUACCGCGGCGACGUGCCCAUGUCGGCCGUCGACAAGUUUCCUAUCCUGCUGCUCGAUGCUGAGGAGGAGAGCUCCGUCGUCCCGCCUUGUUUCUCGCACGAGGGCGUCAACUACCUGUACAUCCGCCACAGCAACCUCUACCUACUGGCAAUCACCAAAAGAAACUCCAACGCCGCCGAGAUCCUUUUGUUUCUCCACAAAGUCGUGCAGGUCCUCACCGAGUAUUUCAAAGUCCUGGAAGAAGAGUCUAUCCGAGAUAACUUUGUCGUCAUAUACGAACUGCUUGACGAAUUGAUGGAUUUCGGAUACCCCCAGACCACCGAGACCAAGAUCUUACAAGAGUACAUCACUCAAGAGAGUCACAAGCUAGAAGUCCAGGUCCGUCCCCCGAUCGCCGUCACCAACGCGGUCUCAUGGCGCUCCGAAGGCAUCCGCUACCGCAAGAACGAGGUCUUCCUCGACGUCAUCGAAUCCGUCAACCUCCUCGUCAGCUCGACCGGCACCGUCCUCCGCUCCGAGAUCCUCGGCUCCGUCAAGUUAAAAUGCUACCUCUCCGGCAUGCCCGAGCUCAGACUCGGACUCAACGACCGCGUCAUGUUUGAAAACAGCGGCCGCUCAACCCGCGGCAAGUCAAUCGAGAUGGAAGACGUCAAAUUCCACCAAUGCGUGCGCCUCUCGCGCUUCGAAAACGACCGCACAAUCUCCUUCAUCCCGCCCGACGGCGAAUUCGAGCUCAUGAGCUACCGCCUAAACACCCAGGUCAAGCCCCUGAUCUGGGUCGAGUGCGCGGUCCAGAUGCACGCCGGAUCCCGCGUCGAGUACGCGAUCAAGGCCCGCGCGCAGUUCAAGCGCCGGUCGACCGCCAACAACGUCGAAAUCAUAAUCCCGGUCCCGGACGACGCCGACACGCCCAAAUUCCGCACCACCGUUGGCACCGUGCACUACGCGCCCGAAAAGGCGGCAAUCAUAUGGAAAAUCAAGCAUUUCGGCGGCGGCAAGGAGUUUGCUAUGCGCGCCGAGCUCGGCCUGCCUAGCGUUAAGGAAUCGGACCCGGACCGCAAGAAGAGACCGAUCAGUGUCAAGUUUGAGAUCCCGUACUUUACAACGUCGGGUAUCCAGGUCCGGUAUCUGAAAAUCAUCGAGUCUAAGCUACAGUACCCCAGUCUUCCCUGGGUCCGCUACAUCACCCAAAGCGGAGACGAUUACACGGUGCGGUUACCUUAAACACUAGAGAUGACUAUUUUUUCCUUUUUCACCAAAAAGAUCUGAGAGGUUGUGUGAUGAGCGCGUGUAUGAAUUUCUAUAUUAUAUUUUAUUGAUUUUGUUCAGAAUUGGAUCUUUCGAGACAUGGAGUUAGCACACGUCAUGUAUCUUUUGUGCUUUGUCUAGUCUUUUGUCGUAAUAUACAUAACCCAGAAUCAAACCGAUUUUGUUCAUGU